UCAAGGGGUCAACAGCAUCAGUCCAGAGGCACAGACCGCACAAAGGGAGAGUCCCCUCCAAGAAUUCCUCUCCCAGUCCCCAGUGUGGAUGCAUGAGCCCGAAUGAACCGCUGCCAACUGCUCCAUCGGUGGGGAACCAGUUGUAUCUGCACAGGACUCUAUGCUUUUGUAAGAACGGCAGAAAAUGGACAAAUCCCAGGGGUCACUGUCAUUUGGGGAUGUGACUGUGGACUUCUCCUGGGAGGAGUGGCAGUGCCUGAACCUUGCUCAGAGGACCCUGUACAGGGACGUGAUGCUGGAGAACUACCACAACUUUGUCUCAUUGGGGUUUCUCAUUAACAAGCCAGAGGUCAUCUUCAGAUUGGAGGAAGGGGAAGAGCCAUGGAUAGUAAAGGAAGAAUUUCUAUACCAGAACCACCCAGAAGACAACAAAGCUCAUUACCUAACAGAGAGAAUCCAGGAAAACCAAGACAAAUAUUUGCCACAAGUUGCAUUUAAGAACAAAACACUGGCCUCAGAAAAAGUUCAUGCUUUAAGAAAAUCAUCUAAUAUGAGUGCAAACUUUGUUCCUUCAAGAAAAAUGUCCUGUAAAUACGACUUACAUGGAGUGAGUUUGAAAAAUAUUUUAAUAUCAAUUGGUAGUAAUAGAAAUUCUUCAAGAAAAAAAUAUGACAUUUUAAAUGUAUAUGAGAAAUUACUUGAUAUUAAGCAGGAAAAACCUCAUGCUCAAGAGAUUUCUUGUGAAAAUAAUCAGAAUGAGAAAACCUUUGGCCAUAAGAAUGGUAUUAUUCAGCACCUAAAUACUCAGACUUCGGAGGAGACUUUAAAAUAUAAUGAUGGUGGAAAACCCUUAGGAGAAAAGACCAUAAUAAUUCCACACAGGCAAAAUGACACAGGAGAGAAACUCUGUGAAUAUAAGGAACAUGGGGAAACCUGUGAGAUAUCAUCUCUGUUGAAAUGUCAUGCGGUCUACACAGAAAUAAAACAAUCCAAAAGCAAUCAAAUGGAAAAUAAUUUCAGUAAGAUGUCACACUUCACUCAAGUUCAGAAAAGCCAGAAAGGUGAGUGUCUAUUCAAAUGUAAUGAAUGUGGGCAAACAUUCAACUACAAGUCAAAUCUCACAGCGCAUCAGAGAACACACACAGGAGAGAAACGCUAUCAACUUAAUUCACGUAGGAAGACCAGUCACAAAUCAGUUCUCACAGACCAUUGGAGGACACAUACAGGGGAGAAACUUUAUAAAUGUAGUGAAUGUGGGAAGUCCUUUUACAAGAAGUCAUCCCUCAUUCGACAUGAGAGAACAUACACAAGGGGGAAGCCCCAUGAAUGUAAUGAAAGUGGGAAAACUUUCACCUUCACUCAACAUCAGAGAACUCCUACAGGAGAGAAACGCUUUCAGUGUAAUGAAUGUGGUAAAACUUUCCAUUGGCAAUCAGACAUUAAGCUACAUCAGAGAACUCACACAGGAGAGAAACCCUUUCACUGUAACAAGUGUGGUAAAACUUUCUAUCGGCAGUCAGAUGUUAACGCACAUCAGCGAAUUCACACAGGAGAGAAACGCUUUCAGUGUAAUCAGUGUGGUAAAACUUUCUAUUGGCAGUCAGACGUGCAUGCACAUCAGAGAACUCACACAGGAGAGAAACCCUUUCAGUGUAACAAAUGUGGUAAAUCUUUCCAUAGGCAGGCAGACGUUAAUGUUCAUCAGAGAACUCACACAGGAGAGAAACGCUUUCGAUGUAACGAAUGUGGAAAAACUUUCUACCGGCAGUCAGACGUUAAUGCACAUCAGAGAAUUCACACAGGAGAGAAACCCUUUCAAUGUAAUCAGUGUGGUAAAACUUUCUAUCGGCAGGCGGACGUUAACGUGCAUCAGAGAACUCACACGGGAGAGAAGCGCUUUCAAUGUAAUGAAUGUGGUAAAACUUUCUACCGGCAGUCAGAAGUUAAUGUACAUCAGAGAACUCACACAGGAGAGAAGCCCUUUCAGUGUAAUGAAUGUGGUAAAACUUUCUAUCGACAGUCCGAUGUCAAUGCACAUCAGAGAAUUCACACAGGAGAGAAACCUUAUAAAUGUAACGAAUGUGGGAAAUCUUUUUACGAGAAGUCAUCCCUCACUCGACAUGAGAGAACUCACACGGGAGAAAAACCCUAUGAAUGCCAGGAGUGUAGGAGAACUUUCUGCCAGAGGUCAGCCCUCACUCAACAUCAGAGAACUCACACGGGAGAUAGACCCUUUCAUUGUAAUGUGUGUGGCAAAACUUACCGUCAUCUCUCAGCUUUCAAUGUACAUCGGAGAACUCACACAGGAGAGAAACCCUUUCAGUGUAUUGAAUGUGAGAAAUCUUUUCUUACAAAGUCGACUCUUAUUAAUCAUCAGAGGACUCACACAGGGGAAAAGCCCUAUGAAUGUAGUGAAUGUGGGAAGAGUUUCCGUCAUAAAUCUACCCUCACUACCCAUCUGAGAACUCACUCAGGAGAGAAACCUUAUAAAUGUUGUGAAUGUGGAAAAGCUUUCGGGCGGAAAUCAGCCCUUACAAAUCAUCAAGGAAUUCACGUAGGGUAGGAACCCUAUGGCAGAAAUGUGCUAUGUUUUUACCAAUACCCAUUUCUCUUUCUUUAUGGUUACACAACUAGUCCAGAUUUGCUAGCCUGUCUUCCAUACACAUGAGGCCACAUGACCUGUGACUCACAAUAUGGGCACAAAUUCCAAGCCUGUAAAAGACCUCAUUUGGAAUUUUUCCUACUUUCGUUUUUCUUUCCUUAUCAGGGGGUAAUGGAGAUAUCUUCAGGACAACGUGGAAGCUAGUCAUUAGAGAUUACAGAUUCUUAAGUUGGGAGAAACCAGGGUCCUGGGCAGAGUUUUGCCUUCACUAACAUCACUUCGUAAGUCUUGUCGUAGACGAGAAAUAAUUUUUUUUUCAGCCAUUACAUGUUUAGAGCUUUCUGUUGUCAUAGCGUAUGCUAGCCAGGCUUUAUCCCAUCUAUCCUGUGAAUCUAAUGAAGGUAUGAGAAACACUGUAGGUCAGAGAAUUCAUUAGGGGAGAAACCGCUCUCAAUAUCCUGCAUUUUAAUAAACCUUCAUCAACAAGCCAAACAUUUUAUAAAUCAGAAAUUUACAGUGGAAAACCCCAAAAAUGAAUGUAGGAAAAUUUUCACAGUCUGAUUGUCCAGUAGAUAAUUGAGAGUAGAAUAAAGCUAACAACCUGAAAAACAUUUCAAGAGUUAGAUAUCAGAAUACGUAACAAAAGAAAAUUGUCAGUUUAGGAAAUGAGGAAAACAUCCUUACCUAGAAAUGAUCUUAUUCUAGAAGUAAUGUUUCGGAUGCAGUAUUAAAUAACUUACAAAUAAUAUGACACAGGAUGUUUAUUUAACGGUCUUGCUCAUCAAGGAACACAUCGCUUUGAGAAAGGCACGAGUGAGUUGAAUCAGAGCAGCGGCAUUAAAUGUAUAUGAGUAGUGUCUGUGCUAGGUCAGGCUUGCACACAACAGUGCUCCUUAACAGCUGUUUUCUGUAUCCUUGAUUUUUGUUUUGUACUCACAGUAGUUACAGUAGGAGCAUUGCACCCUUAUCUAAGUAACUUUUGUAACGUACACUAGGAUUUCUGACACUAAAUACUAUUGUCCCAUCACAUAUUUACACCUCAACAUAUAUGAAUUUUAAAAGGAACAUAGAAUGCGUGAAUGUCAUGUGUUUUCUGCUUUUUGGUGGCAUAUAUAACUCCAUAUAGACAUUGUGAAGAAACUGUCCUUUUAGUAAAUCACCCAUAUAACAUUUAAUAAAGUCAAGAUUUAUUGGAAAUCUGCAACGAUUCAGCACACAUUUGUUUAUGAUACACAUAUGAGUUAAUUUUCAAAGGUGGCCUUGAACAUUAGUACUUCGUACACUGUUCGGAUUGAAAGCAGGGCCCAUUGAAGACAUUUCCCCCAUUUCUGUGUUUUCUAGAGGGUAUGUUUAUGUUGAGUGCAAAGUGCAGAUAUUAAUGUGAGGCUAGAACUCUCUGCAUUUGUAUUUUUUUGUGGUAGGCUGCCACGUUUCUGCCCUAGAAUUAUGCAUGGUUUCUGCAAACUGUUCUAUGCUUGUCACUUACUACUUGAGUGACCUGUGUAGUGAUUUAAUCUUUCUGCUUCAAUUUCAUUAUCUACCUCACAGAUAGCGAACAGUUUGGGUUGAUGUUUUCUGUUAUUAGAGCCAAAGGCAGUUAUGUUUACAACUUGAACAUUAGAAAUAAAAUAGUCAUUCCAUAGUAUGAAGUGUAUUUCUGCUUCUUGAGUUGAUACAAGAAGAUUCUUUUUAGAACUUUGUAUUUUGUCAGGUUUGUCUUUAAAAUAUAUGAAACAAAUGUGUUUAGAAUAAACAGAAUAAUCUAUUGA